CUUCUGGGCACAGGUAGGUGGCACUGCAGAGUGGCACAGGUGGGUGCACUGCUGGGCACAGGUGGGUGCACUGCUGGGCACGAGUGGGCGGAGCUAGCGGGCGCACUGCUGGGCGGAACUUGCGGGUGGCACUGCUGGGCACCGAUCAUCAGGGCACUGAUCAUCAGUGCCCUGAUGAUCGGUGCCGAUCCCCGCUCUGACAACUGCCGGUUCUCGGCAGUACUUUCCUCACGAUCUGACAGUGUGAGGAAAGUGCAGCCGAGAACCGGCACUUGCAUUUCCCUCUGAUCAGCGUGUCAUUGGACACCGCUGAUCAGCGCCCUUUUACCACGUGCUUAGCCGUGUCCAACGACACACUGAUCACCGGGAAAUGCAAUUGCCAGUUCUGUCAGAGCGUGAGGAAAGUACUGCCGAGAACCGGCAGUUG